AUGGGGUUAAGGAGCUGGCAGCGGUUCAACGAAUUCGGCGCCAGCUCCCGCCGCCUUGACGAGCUGCUGUCGCACCCAGAGCCCGCCGCCACGCCCUCUGAGCGCUGGCGCGAGGCCGCGCAGUCCGGCGGCGACGGCAGCAGCGGCGGCGGCGGCGGCGGCAGCGCGAUAUCAGCGCUGCAGCGCGGCACCGUCGAGCUGCGCGGCGGCCGCUUCGGGUGGCCGCACUUUGUGGCGCCUCCCGCGCCACCAGGCGGCCGAAUCACACGCAGCCGCGGCGGCAGCAGUCGCAGCGGCAGUAUCAGCGGUGCCGUCGGCGGCGGCAGGGUGGGCAGCGGGGCCGGCGUCAAUGGCGGGCCGGGGGUCGCGUCUGUUGUGGUGGACAUGGCGGGGUUCGACGAGCGCAUGAUGGGGAUGGGCAACGCCGACGACGGCGUCGACGACGUCGGGGGCUCCUCUGAUGACGACGACGCCCGGCGCCGCGAUGCGCCGCGGCCGCGCAAGCCGCGCGACGGCGCGGCGCUGUCGGGCGUCGACCUGCGGCUGCGGCCGGGCGAGCUGCUCGGCGUGUGCGGCACGACGGGCGCCGGGAAGACGUCGCUGAUCGCGUGCCUCCUGGGAGAGCUGGAGCUGCUGCCUUCGUUGACCCAUCGUGGGUUUGGGUCCGGGUCAGGGUCCUCCUCGGAUGGCGGCGAAAGAAGCCCUGCGGGUUUGAAAGACGUCGGCGGCGGAGGCGGGUUUGGGGUUGGUGCGGAGGGGCCUGCGGCGGACGCUGUGGUGGUGGCGGGGCGCACCUCGUACCUGGCGCAGCAGCCAUGGGUGGGGUUCGGCACGCUGCGGGAGAACGUGACCCUCACGGGGCCCGAGGUCUGCCGCGUCUCGCCCGGCCAGGGGCGCCUGAGCACCCGCGCGGAGCUGCACGCCUGCAACAACGAGGUCCGUUUCUACAACCGCGUCGUGGAGGCCUGCGCGCUCACGAACGAUUUGCUCACCCUCGCGGCCGGUGAGCGCGGGCGCGCUGCAUAG